UUCCUCAAGUUUUCCAGUUAUAGAUUCAGUUGAACUCCAAUUUCAUUUAGUACUACCAUAAAACUUAAUCUCCUAUUUGCAGGUGGAGCUUGACCAGAGGGCUAAAAUCCUUCACGAGGACAUCACAAAGCACAGGAUUGCUCGAGAGCUGAAAGUGUUGCAAGGAAAAAUUGAUCAAGCAAAUGAGAAAGGAUGGAGACAAGAAUAUCCUUUUUUCCUUCUUUUUUUGGGUGACCAAAUUUAUCGUAUUUGACAGAAUGCCAAACCAGUCCCAAGGAUGGAAAAUUAGCACAGAUUUGGUAGUAAGCUUCUGUGUAUGGUCACCAGCAUUACUUUCUAUGAUCACCAAUUUCAUCCUAACCUCUAUGUUCCUCCUUUAUCAUCUCAUCCUUCAUUUCCUAAUUAUGUCUGUGUGUACUGUUAUCUCGAUGUUCUUCAUCCUGGUCCAUUCUGCAAAGAAAGGAAAGUAUUUCCUUAAUCACUUGGUUUUUACGCUUACCAAGCAUCUGAAUAGAAGAUAUCUCCUACAGCAAGAUUCAUACCUGUCAUCUGUGCUGGAAAAUAUUCCUCGAGUGACUCCAGAGGAAAUAGAGCCUGUAUCUCUUGAUGGGAAUGACAAUCAGAUAGUAACCACUAUAAAGAAGAAUAUUACUGGAGUUACUCCUGAGAAAAUAGAUAGUGAACCUCUGGCUGAAAAUGAUGAUGGGAAGCUUUCUUCAGACAAUGGAGAUUUCAGUGGUGGAGGACCUCCGAAGAAGGGGGAUGAAAAGAAAACAUAUACACAGCAGAAAACAAAGAUGCAAAGAAGAGACACUUCACAGAAAAAAGAAUUUGUUGGAUGGGGAUCAAAAUCUCUAAUUGACUUUCUUCAUUUUAUAGGUCACGAUACCAGAGAAAAAUUAUCCCCAUAUGAUGUGACAUCGAUGGUAAUUAAAUAUGCAAAUGAAAAUGACCUUAUCCAUCCUAUUGAAAAGAAAAAAAUCCUUUGUGAUAUUCAGUUAGAAGCUCUUUUGGGGGGAAAAGUGGUAAACAAAGACAAAAUACUUAGCCUCCUUAUAAGCCAUUUUGUUGAAAAUGAGGAGCGAUUACAAAAGAAUGAGCUUGAUCAUGAUCUUGAAGACAAUGACACAGAAAUGUUUGUGGCUUCUAAAACUGAGAAAAAGGUUGAACAAAACAAAAGUUCCUCAAUUUGGUAUUCAACUGCAGCACAAAGUCAAUUUGCAGCCUUGAUUCCUGAAAAUAUCAAACUUGUUUACCUGAAGAGGAGUUUGGUUCUGGAGAUGAUCAAGAAGCCUGAGUCGUUUGAAACCAAGAUUAUAGGAAGUUUUGUUCGGGUCAAGUUAGAUCCACGUGAUUUUGAGCUGCGUAACUCUCAUCAGCUUGUGCAAAUUACAGCGAGUGUUUCAGGGAUCCAGCCUGUAUCAAGCGAUAACUGCUGUUGCAAGAGUUCAAUUCAAGUUUCAAAUAUCGCAAAAAAUGUUUGCUUGAACACGCUUUCUGAUGAUGAAUUUUCUAAUGAAGAAUGUGAUGAGUUCAGAAAGAAAGUCAAAGAUGGGAUUUUUAAAAAGCUUACAGUUGUGGAGCUUGAACAAAGGGCUAAAAUUCUUCAUGAGGACAUCACGAAUCAUAGGAUUGCUCGAGAGCUGGAACUUGCGCUGCAGAAUAUUCCUAAAGUGAUUCCAGAGGAAGUAGAAUCUCUUGAUGGGGAUGACAAUCAGAUGCACCUAUGCUCAGAUGAGGCAACCCUACAAAAUAAAAUAAUCUUGGAGUGAUACCAUCAGAAAAAUAAUCAAAGAUGAGAAGGAUGGUAGUAAGAUGCAUCAAUGCGCGGUUGUAAUGAUGCUAUGUGCAACUCCCCAUCUUCUCCUUGUUUAAAUUGUUAUUGUUAAGACUUUGCUGGAAAACUUUAGUAGAUCGUAUUUGAAGGAGGGAUGAUGCUUCUAUCAGUUGCAGGUCUUACAUUGGUAUUUUGAAUUUAGUUGCGACAAAGAUUAUUCAGUUUUAGCUUUGUUAUUUAUAUUACAGCCAGUAAAAACUUUUUCUGAACAGCUUUAGUUAUGAGAAAAACCAGGUUUACUCAAUUUGAA